CGCCAUCCGCCAGAGCCGGGUCCAUUUCGUCCAUUUCUUCCCGCUCAAAGCCGAGCUUGCUGCAGGGAGGAGCGAGCGGGGUGCAGUUGAGCCGAGCAUCACAGCCCGCAUUCAAGGAAACGGGCGCACACAGCACUUUCCCCCGGACUUCAUCUGAUGUUUUAGCGACCCCUCAACGCCAGACUGCAACAUAAACAAAGAAAUACCCCACCCGUUCGGGCUCCUAUGGAGGCUGCUUGCCUUUAAGGAACUGGGAACCUCAAAGCAGUCCGACCAGGGAGACCCCCCAUCAAUUGUUUCCUGCGCCAAGAAGAAGAGCUGUAGAGACAUGGUUUACCCCUCCGCAUCUCUGUGAGGAGCAUCAGCCAGUGAGGAUGUGUCAGAGGAUGCUACUGUUCUGCAGGGUCCUGUGCUGAGUGAGGGAGGUCAACGACGCCCAUCAUGUCCCAUCAUCCCUACCAGCGCGGUCCCCACAGCCGGACCAUGAGCUCUGAGGAGAGGAGCUCUAUACAACUAAACAAGAAUUCCACACCAGUUCACAAGAGCGCCUCCUCCUCUUCCUCCUCCCAGCGUGACAGCCGGCAGGAGUCGGACAGCUGGGAAAUAAUUGAGGGGCUGAAAAUCGGUCAGAGUCACGUCCAGAGGCCAGACAAACAUGAGGGGUUCAUGCUGAAGAAGCGGAAAUGGCCAUUAAAAGGCUGGCAUAAGCGGUUUUUUGUUCUGGACAACGGUAUCCUGAAGUACUCCAAGUCCCCCAUUGAUACACAAAAAGGAAAACUUCAUGGCAGCAUUGAUGUCGGCCUGUCCGUCAUGUCCAUCAAAAAGAGGGCGCGGCGCAUCGACCUGGACACGGAGGAGCAUAUCUAUCACCUGAAGGUCAAGUCUCAAGACAUCUUUGACGCCUGGGUGUCGAAGCUGCGUCACCAUCGGCUUUAUCGGCAAAACGAGAUUGUGAGAUCUCCCCGUGAUGCCACCAUGAGAACGUUUCCGCCUUCGGCUACCAUAGAGUCCCCCCUAUCUGCCCCAUGUGUUGUAAAAGAGGCAAAGGCCAAGCCCAGCGGCUUGCUGUGGCAGCCGGCGGCCCCCAGCAGCAGCAGCAGCAGCAGCCUGCCGGCCUCCUACAGCAACGGCCAGAGCAAAGUGGCAGCUUGGCUGCAGGAUUCAGAGGAGAUGGAUAAGUGUGCUGAGGAGCUUGCACGCUGUCAGUCCAAUCUGACGGAGCUAAGCCGGUUACUGCAGAGUUUGGAGAUUCUGCAAAGGACGCAGUCUGCACCCAACUUCACAGAUAUGCAGGCCAAUUGUGUAGAAUUGUCGAAGAAAGAAAAGCGCUUGAACAGAAGAUGGAGAACAAAAAGUGUCGCCAAAGAUGCAAAAUUCCAGCUUCAGGUUCCUCUAUCCGCCAGCAUGUCUCCUGUCCGUCUCCACUCGUCCAACCCAAACCUCUGCGCCGAGCUGGUGGAUUACCCGCCGCCCGUCUCCUGCUUGUCAGACAACAUGGAGUACGCCAGUGACUACAUUAAACUGCAGGAGGAGUUCUGCACUAUUGCCCAAAAAGUCCACUCGCUUCUGAAGUCGGCCUUCAAUACGGUGGCCAUAGAGAAAGAAAAGAUCAAACAGAUACUGUCUGAGCAGGAGCAGUCGGACCAGGCAGUCCAGAUCAACUCUCUCAGGAAGUCUCUGUCACAGGCUUUGUCCCAAAAUGCGGAGCUUCGAACUCGCCUUAGCCGCAUCCACUCGGAAUCUGUUUUGGCUGAACAAGUUGUCAGUGUGAACAUCAUCUCCACGCCUGAUGAGGCUGUGGAACAGAUGGGGAUCCCUCUGACUCAGCAGGCUUCUAAUGAAAGCCGACUUUCCAUGUCAGAGUCUGUCUCCGAGUUCUUUGAUGCGCAGGAAGUGCUUCUGUCAGCCAGCUCAUCGGAGAAUGAGGGCUCAGAUGAUGAGUCAUACGUCAGCGAUGUGAGCGAUAACAUUUCAGAGGACAACGCCAGUGUGACCGAUAACGUCUCCAGACAGAUUGCCAAUGGAGACUUUGCAGGCAGCUCCUUCCGUAACGGCCGGCGUACCUACCUGCCAGCUCCCUGUCCAGACACCAGCAACAUCAACCUCUGGAACAUCCUAAGAAACAACAUAGGAAAGGACUUGUCCAAAGUGUCCAUGCCUGUGGAGCUCAACGAGCCCCUGAACACCCUGCAGCGCAUGUGUGAGGAGCUUGAGUACAGCGAGCUGCUGGACAAGGCCGCCGAGACUGAGGAUCCCUUCGAGCGCAUGGUCCUCAUAGCUGCUUUUGCCGUCUCAGGCUACUCGUCCACUUACUACCGAGCAGGAAGUAAGCCAUUCAACCCGCUGCUGGGAGAGACGUACGAAUGUAUCCGAGAGGACAAGGGGUUCUGCUUUUUCUCAGAGCAAGUGAGUCACCAUCCACCCAUCUCCGCCUGCCACUGUGAGUCUAAGAACUUCACCUUCUGGCAAGAUGUGAGAUGGAAAAACAAGUUCUGGGGGAAAUCGAUGGAGAUUUUACCCAUCGGAUCUGUAAAUGUCAUGAUUCCCAGGUUUGGAGAUCACUAUGAAUGGAAUAAAGUCACCACCUGUGUACACAACAUCCUGAGCGGACGGCGGUGGAUUGAACAUUACGGGGAGAUUACCAUCAGAAACACAAAGAGCAGCGCCUGCCUCUGUAAACUAACCUUUGUUAAGGGAAACUACUGGAGCUCCAAUGUGAACGAGGUUCAAGGGUUUGUGAUGGAUCAAGAGGGAAAAGUGAUCCACAGGCUUUUUGGGAAAUGGCACGAGGGCCUUUACUGUGGAGUCCCGCCUUCUGCCAAAUGCAUCUGGAGGCCAGGUUCCAUGCCUACAGACUAUGAAAUGUACUACGGCUUCACCAGAUUCGCCAUCGAGCUGAACGAGCUUUGUCCUGAGCUGAAGGAUGUCCUGCCUCGCACAGAUGCCAGAUUCAGACCCGAUCAAAGGUAUUUGGAGGAAGGAAACUUGGAGAUGGCAGCAUCCGAGAAGCAGCGCAUUGAGGAAGGGCAGAGGAUCAGGAGAAAAUGGAACGAGGAGAACAACAUCAAACACGAGCCGCGCUUCUUCAAGAAAGUGAUGGACACCAAUCACAGGGAAAGAUGGGUCUCCAACAACACCUACUGGGAGCUCCGCAAAAACCCCGGCUUCAUCAACAUGGAACCCACUGCGAACCUGUGGUAGCACGCGGAUCUCCAUCGCGGCAGAGGAGCAUCACCUAUGCACAACAAAGGGUCGGAAGGAUCACCUGCCAGAAACGUCCGCGUGCAUGGAUACGACAGACUGAGCAGCCGGGGGGGGGGGGGUUUAGCGACCCGGCUGAGGUUGUAGAGGCAGAAUCAUCGUAACUUCUAAAGCUGCGUUGACGGGGCAACGGUGGAACCACUCCCAUGUAGAUGUUUCCUCGGCUCUUUUGACCUUCGAGCUUGUCCUUGCCUUAAAAAGACACCUGUACAAGCCGCAGCAUUAGGCGCCUUUUAGUUGAAGCCAUUGGAUUUUCAGCAGCAGAUUGGUUAGACUAGCCCUUGAAGUUUUAAUUUCCUACAAUAUCCUGCAUGUUUAGAGAGAAGCUUUCACUGGCACCUGCCGUUAUUUACUGUAUCAUCAGAAACUGUAGUAAAGAAGAGGUAUUUUUAUAAAAUAUCUGGACUUAAGCGAAAGAGAGCAUUACGUGAACUGGCAGAUUUUAUUUAUUUUUGCUUUUUAAUACUGUUGAAUCUGUGAGUUGAAGUUUUCCUCAGCUGGGGAACAACUCAUUCGAAGUUAACUGCAGCAUCAGAAACACAGACGGCAUUUUUAAUGAUUCAUUUUCAGCCAGCGGCUGGAGUAAACAUGCGGCAGAAGGUGAACGCAUUGAAACUCAAUGCACAGAUCUGCCAUUAUGCCAUCCAAACCCGUCCAAUAUCCAACCUCAACCAUCUCCUUUGAGUCACAUGGUUACAGAGACGCCACCUUCUGUUUGUAGUUAUUGGUGGAAAAAACAGCAAAAAUACAAAGAAUAGACGUGUUUAAGUCAAAGAAGUUAAAGUUAAAGCCCCUUUAGUUAUUAGAAAUUUGUUCUAAACAGUUGACCUCUCAACUGGGGAAGCGGUGAGGUGCUGACCGCCUCGCCCAAGAACCAUUUGGGGAUUUAACCCUCCCAAUCCAACCUCUUGAUACUGAGUGGAAAACAAUGGUUGUAUAUAUAUUGUUGCUUUAAGUAACGUUCCUAAGUUUCGCCUUAUAGAAAUUUUUAAAAUGACAAUUCAAAAUUCUAGAAAAUCUUCUAAAGUGUUAAAAAAAUAAACACAGGAAAUAUAGAACCAAAACAUUUAUUUGUGAAGAUCUUUUAUGUCUAAAUGCACUUAUUUAAUGACAGCCCCUCAAAAAAUGUUCAGUGCAAUAAUCUGAAGUACAUCCAUCUGAUUUGUUUAUUUAAGAAAAAAAGAUUUUUAGAGUAACAUUUUCUUAAAAGAAUCCUAAAAAAGUAAAUGUACAUUAUUCUGUCAAAGUUUUAUUUAUUUUAUCCUCCAUCUCAUUAUUUAUUAAAAUUAUGUCAUUGUCUCCUUUCUGACUCACUGGAGCCCCCUACUGGUCACCUUUAAAUGGCAGAAGAAUUUGUCCAUGAAUCACUCCACAAGAUUUUCCACUCAUCAACCUUUGCAAAUCACCAGGUAGCUGUUUGAAAAUGUCUAUAUUUAUUGCAAAGCAGUCAAGCUUUAAUGUUUUUCAGAGUAAGUUAAAAUAAAAAAAGUUAAAAAAAGGUCAUUUUUUAUGUUCUGCAGGGUCAGGACGCUGAAGGACAAAAAAAAAGAUACUGUGUGAAGCAGAUUUAUCUUGUGUUUUCAUACAGUACUGUAAACCAAAAAGUUACUGCUUCUUUGCAUCUUCAACCAUGUUCAUUUCCUAAAAUUCUUGUGCACAUGAAUUUUUAAUUUAGCAGCUAACCAACGCUCCAACUCUUCAGUUUCAAUCGCUGUGCCUUAAUGCAUUUAAAAAUGCCUCACCAACACACAACUGAAGGGAACCCCACACAAAAAUGAUCAACUCCACACCCUCCUCACCUGCAGGCACGAUGAUUGAAGAUUCAUGGACAGGUUGAAAGUUUAUUAUUAUUAUUAUUAUUAACCUGCUUGCAGAGUUGAAGAGGUGACUAAACCAUCGCAGCUGGACACCGAGGGAAGAGGCUGUGCUUUGCUUAGUGUCAGUAACAUAAAGUCAAAAUGUAGUGGAGGGAAAAGAAAACCUCACGCUCUCUUCAGCCAUCAUUCCACCUGCAUGUUUAGACAACUUAGCUUGCCAAUGAAUGUUUGCAAAGCCUUAUGGGAAAAAAAUGGUUUUGUUUUGUAAAAAUUGGAGACUUUUUGUUUGGACUGAAGCACUAUGUCAGCUGAGUUUCCUUGGUUUCCCGAUGGGUCCCCCCUAAAGUGCAAUUUUAACAAAGAACAUAUCUUUCCAUGAACACGGUACACUGCUGCUGCAUAGUGCUUGUUCUAAUAAAAGAGCAAAACUGG